AGCCAAGUGUCAUUUGCAGGCAAUUUUAGACUUUUUGAAUCAUAUUCAAAACAGUUGAUGUUUUUUUUUUAAUUUUUGACCAAUUUUGUGUAUAAAAUUGAAAAGAAUACGGUGGAUUAAUUGUUUUAUUAAAGUUUAAAUAAAGUUUAAAAAAUUUUGAGGUUAACUAGAUUAUUGUUGACGUUCCUGACAGUUUGAUUAUUCACAUUAUUCCACUGUAAAAAGGAUAUAAAAUGGAAAAAGUGGAUACUUUCAUACGAGAUUUAAAAGAAAGACGCAAAUUGGAGACUGACAAAUAUAAAAAAGCGGAAAUUGAACGACACGCAGAGGAAGUAGAAAUGAUGUACGAUAUUGUGCAAGCUACAGAAAACUUUAUUCAGACGAAAGAAAAUCUUGCGAAGAAUCUGAAUUUCUUAACUUUGAACAAACAUUCAAUUCGCAAAGUAAUUCAGGAAACUGAAACAGCUAAAGGUCUACCAAUUUCAAUUGAAUAUCAACAGCAAGCUAUGAAUCUUUUCACGGAUGGUAUUACUUUUAUGAAUAAUUUUAAAGAUGUACAAAGGAUUCUUGAGGCCGAUAAAAGUAUAGACUUCUCGAAACCUGCUAGUGACCUUCUGGACUGCACAAAAACGGUAGAGAACGAAGUAAGGAAAAUAAGAUUAUCAUUCAAUCAAGUGGAAGCUUUGCACUCGAAAGUAGAUGAACUAAAAAGCACACUUUUCGUUGACGAAGGUGACAAUCAUCAGGACCUAGAUGAUUCUGUGUUUCAUUAAACAAGACACUCAAUCCACAUUGUAAAAAUAUAUAUUUUUCUAUUACAAACGCGAAAUACACUUUGAAUCACAUUGUACACUUAUUUAUAUGAAAAUAUAUCACAAAACUUAUUCUAA